UUUCUCUCAUUAUGUAAGCGCCCCAACCCACCUCUCUUCUUCCUCGCCCUAGUUUUCGUUGCUUCCAUCACGCCAUGGCGGAUUCUCCGCGCAUGAGGUAUUCACAGUCCCCUUCUCCUGAUAGGAGGCACUCUGGAUCAAGAUCUAGGGGUCGGUCUCGGUCUAGGUCUCGAACACCCAUUCCCAGAUCACGAUCGCGCUCUGGAAGCCGUGGCAGGGAUGAUUCACUAAAUCCUGGAAAUACUCUAUAUGUAACGGGCCUGUCUAGUAGAGUCACAGAAAGAGACCUUGAGUAUCACUUCUCCAAGGAGGGCAAGGUUAAGGGAUGCUUUCUCGUUGUUGAACCACGAACUCGUGUCUCUCGUGGUUUUGCAUUUGUGACCAUGGAUACAGUUGAGGACGCUGACCGCUGUGUCAAGUAUCUCAAUCAGUCAGUUUUGGAGGGCCGAUACAUAACUGUGGAGAAGUCGAGAAGAAAAAGGCCACGGACGCCUACACCUGGAAACUACCUUGGAGUGAAAAGCACCCGAGAUACCCGAGAUCGUUAUGACCGUGACAGGUACCGUGGAGGAUAUGGUCGUGAUGACUAUGGUGGUGGGUACCAUAGAUCACCAAGACGCUCACCAUAUCGAGGUGGUCGAGGUUACUCCCCUCGUCGGUCACCUUAUGGUGGUAGAUCAAGAAGGGAGCGGUCAAGAUCUAUUCCUUAUUCUCCAUAUAUAAGUCCAGAUAGAGGCUAUGGUCGUCGUGCAAAUGUUUAUGCCAGGAACACUAGUUUGGUAUGGGACAAUCCUGAUGUUAGAAUGCUGGGUUAGCUUGUGAAGGAUGAUGAAGACUUGGAUCUUGGCAUGAGUUUUUACUUGUGUUAUGGUGUCUCUUGCUUUUAUGAUGUAAUGUUCUUGCAUUUUCAGUAGGCAUGUGCCAUAUGUUGUUGUUUAACUGCAUUGUGGUUCAUGGCAGUGAAUGAUGUGCUUCAUUUGCUUGCGGAUUACGCAAAAGUAUGUUUUUCCAGCUUCUUUGCUUGUUCAUGCCUGAAAAUCACCAAUUUGUUCCUUUUUUUUUUUUUGCCCUGAUGUUAGAUCACAGGCCAUUGACCAAGAACUUGUGUUCAUGUCUGUCUUUCAUUUGUGUUAAGAUGCCUUGAUGCUGAGCAGGUGUAUGGCUGCUUGUAGCUGCUUUCUCACACCUUUUUUACUUCUUCCCGGCAUCUGAUAUCAACUGCAUUUCUUUUUUGUUUUUUAUGUAUAAUUUAUUUAUUGUCAUCUUGUUGCAACGGUGCUCGUCAUGUGAUGCAUAGAUGGUAUGCUCCGAUGAUGCAUUUUCAUCAGGUCUUCUUAUGUCCUGUCAUUAUCUAGAUUGUUAUUGAAUGCACAGACUAAGUGCCAUUUCAUACCGUGGAAUAUAUAAAAUGAUGCUCUGAGAU